AUGUCUAAUAAUAACACUAUACCCAUGAAUGUCAUUGAAUCCAAUGUGAAUCCUAUCGAAUCCAGUGAUGAGACUCUUAUUCAGCCACCAAUUGAUAAUGAAAACACUGACAGAGACUACAAUCAGCCGGCGCUGUAUAUGGAAAUGGGUUUGGAUUUGCAAACGUGUAUUGUGUUGGCUGUCCAUACAUUUGGCGGUUGUUGUCAGUGCACUGCCCAAUCUACCAGUCCCUACGAACAGGGUAUUAAACAACAGGGAAGUGUUAUAUUCAGCGGAAACAAUGACAAUAAUAUGGCAUUUAUUAUGGAUCGUAAGCCUAUGUGUGACACUAACGGACUUCCAUUCGUAAACGCCGUCGGACUAAAAUGUGUCAUGGACAUUUCACCGGACUUUGACAUCACCAAGGUAGAAAAUUUGGAGUUUGGUAUCGAGAACCUUGAGAAACGGUGUUGCACACUUUCCGUAUUCUACGAUUGUUUGGUAGAAAAUUUGGAGUUUGGUAUCGAGAACCUUGAGAAACGGUGUUGCACACUUUCCGUAUUCUACGAUUGUUUGGACCUACGACCAUGA